CUUUUGUUUGUUCUUUAGGAAGGCAUGCGCCAGCACCUGGAGCUGGGCCAGUUUCUCAGGAAGCGAUAUGACGGCUUUCUUAAUCAAAGCUAUCUCAGACACGAGAUCACUGUCCGCAGCACCGACUACGAUCGAACCCUGAUGAGCGCCGAGGCCAACCUUGCAGGUCUUUACCCCCCCAAUGGUGAGCAGGUUUUCUCACCAAACAUCAUGUGGCAGCCCAUCCCCGUGCACACAGUUCCGCAAAGUGAAGAGAAGCUGCUGUCCUUCCCUCAGCGAGAUUGCCCUCGCUUCGAAGAGCUCAUGAAUGAGACUGAGCAAACGGAAGAAUUCCGGAACGUCACAGCCGCGAAUCAGGACGUAUUGGAUCUGGUGCGGAAUAAAACGGGACUGAAGACGAUGAGUGUAGAAUCUGCCUGGAGUGUGUACGACACCCUCUUCUGCGAGUUACGUCAUAACAAGUCAGCUCCCGAUUGGGUGACCCCUUCUCUCUGGGAAAGGCUCCACUUUUUGAAAGACUUUGGAUUCCAGGUUUUAUUUGGUGUCUACAAACAGCAGGAGAAGAGUCGGCUGCAGGGAGGGAUCCUGUUGGGUGAAAUAGUGAAGAAUCUUUCCCGGGUGGCUUUAUCGAAGGGAAGGCAGCAUUUGAAAAUGAUGAUGCUUUCUGCGCAUGACACCACUGUGGCAGCUCUGCAGGUCAGCUUGAAUGUUUUCAACGGCAGACAACCACCGUAUGCCUCCUGUCACAUGAUUGAGCUGUAUUCAGAUGACAACGGGUCUCUGACGGUGUCCAUGUUUUACCGGAACGACAGCACGGUUGAGCCUUACGCACUUCAGCUGCCAGGCUGCUCCUUGGACUGCCCCCUGGAGGACUUUGUGAAAAUUACAAAGCUGUCGAUUUCUGAGGACAGGCAGAAGGAGUGCCAGUUGCCUUCAAGUGGGAGGAAUCAAGAGGUGAUCAUCACUCUGGCAGUGUUUGGCUGCCUGUUGCUGGUCCUCAUCGUGGUCCUCUUCCUGGCCAUGAUUCGCCACAAGGAGCCAUUGGGCAGCCAGGGAUAUCGCCAGAUCAGCCGCGAGGGGGCCGACGAGUCCUGACAGAAGUGCAAGGUCCUCCUUUGCAGACCACCCAGCAGCUCCUCGUCGCUGGACAGGAGCCAAGACGAUGCCGCUGAUGAACUUUGACCUUUUCUGGAGCUUCAUCAGCUCUGGUUUUUAAAUCACUGGCAGGUUUUACCAACCCCCUCCUGCCUUUUUUUUUUUUUUUUAAUGAGUACCAAGUUUGGCGCUAGAGAAAGUUUUACAAAUGUUUCAAAGCUGUCAUGAUGACAAAAAAAUGGAGCGACAUGAACAGAUUUUUAGCAUGUAACACUUCUUUUUUUGUGCCUGUGUUUUUCUUAUUUGAUCAGUGUUAUGAGUCUAUUUGGUGCAUUUAUUUGAACAUCAAGAAUGUUGAGCUGUUUUGUUUGUUUGUUUGUUUGUUUUUAUCUAGAGAGGUUACAUUUGCUUUGCAAGUGGGUUGUUUGAAUUUUGUGAAUCGUUAUGCCGUCGGUCAAAUUGGGCCAAACAACCAUCAUGCCUUCUUCAAUAAUCGCCAUCGGUGAAUCUUUGUCGUUCUCUUUUCUAAAUCUGAGGUUGUGCUUAUUUCUAAGCCGCGCAUGACCAAGUUUGCGAUUGUGACUUAACUUUUUCACUUCCUCAAAUGAUUUGAUUUCAUCAGCAAAGUCACCGACUUGUUUUUCUCGAGUCAGCUGAAAGUGGCUCUUUGGUUUGAAAUUGCGAGUGACCCCGUGCGACACCGCAAAGUCUUUCAAUGCUGACUCCCAAGAUUCGUUUUGUUUACACUACUGCACUCGGUACGGUUUGAAUGAUUUUAAAUUCCAAGCUCCAUGACGAACAAUGAGGACGAGCCACACCGGGAAAAUAUUUCUAUGCCGACUUCAUGAAUGUUUUGUUUACAGUACUGCAGUUGGCACAGUUUUGUUUUUUUGUAAAGUACACCUUCACGAUGAACGAGUUUUGUUUGUCAGUUUUGCUCUGUGGUGGUUUGUUUUCAAGCAGAUGAUUAAAUGACUCGGUACUUUUGUCUCUG